CCUCCCCUCCCCGCCCGCGUGGCCUACCCCCUUCGUUAGGGUUUCGCGCCCUCUUCCCUCUCUCCCUUCCCCUCGGCCGUCGGCCCGGCUCCUCGCGGCGGCGGCGGCGGCGGCUCGCUUUCUAGGGUUAGGGUUAGGGUUCCGGCGGCGGAGGAGGAGGAGAUGGGUGUGCCGGCGUUCUACCGGUGGCUGGCGGAGAAGUACCCGAUGGUGGUGGUGGACGUGGUGGAGGAGGAGGCGGUGGAGAUCGAGGGCGUCAAGGUGCCCGUCGACACCUCCAAGCCCAACCCCAACGGCCUCGAGUUCGACAACCUCUACCUCGACAUGAACGGGAUCAUUCACCCCUGCUUCCACCCCGAGGAUAGGCCCUCUCCGACAACAUUCGCUGAGGUUUUCCAGUGCAUGUUUGAUUAUAUCGAUAGGCUAUUUGUCAUGGUUCGCCCUCGGAAGCUUAUGUAUAUGGCCAUUGAUGGUGUUGCUCCUCGUGCCAAGAUGAACCAGCAACGCUCUAGACGAUUCAGAGCUGCAAAAGAUGCUGCUGAUGCGGCCGCAGAAGAAGAGAGGUUGCGUGAAGAGUUUGAGAGGGAAGGCAGAAAACUUCCACCAAAACAGCAAUCUCAAACAUGUGAUUCUAACGUUAUUACUCCAGGAACAGAGUUUAUGGCUGUUUUAUCGAUUGCUUUGCAGUACUACAUCCAUCUCAGGUUGAAUUAUGAUCCUGGAUGGAAACAAGUUAAAGUUAUUCUUUCUGAUGCCAAUGUUCCUGGUGAAGGGGAACAUAAAAUUAUGUCCUACAUUCGCGGUCAACGGAAUCUCCCUGGAUUUAACCCAAAUACUCGCCAUUGUUUGUAUGGCCUGGAUGCAGACCUGAUCAUGUUAGCUCUUGCAACACACGAAGUACAUUUCUCUAUACUGAGAGAGGUAGUUUAUACACCUGGACAGCAGGACAAAUGCUUCUUGUGUGGUCAGGUUGGACAUCUAGCAGCAAACUGUGAAGGAAAGGUUAAGAGAAAAGCUGGGGAGUUUGAUGAAAAAGGUGAAGCUAUUGUUCCAAAGAAACCUUACCAGUUCUUGAAUAUAUGGACCCUCCGGGAGUACUUAGAAUAUGAGUUCAGAAUGCAGAAUCCACCUUUCCCGAUUGACUUUGAACGCAUCGUUGAUGAUUUCAUCUUCAUGUGUUUUUUUGUUGGCAAUGAUUUUCUUCCACAUAUGCCAACAUUAGAGAUUCGUGAGGGAGCUAUUAACUUGCUAAUGGCUGUAUACAAGAAGGAAUUUCCUUCCAUGGGUGGCUAUCUAACUGAUGCUUGCACGCCGGAUCUGAAUAAAGUUGAACACUUUAUUCAAGCAGUUGGCUCCUACGAGGAUAAAAUAUUUCAGAAAAGAGCUCGUUUGCAUCAGCGUCAAGCUGAAAGGAUAAAACGAGAAAAGGCCCAAGCAAAACGAGGGGAUGACCUGGAUCCCCAUGUCAGGGAUGAUCUUAUUGUACCUGUUGCACGCUUCCAAGGGUCUCGCCUUGCAUCUGGACCUGUGCCUUCACCAUAUGAACAAAAUGGAUCUGACAAAAACAAUGGGGGAAAAAAUAGUCGUGCUCGGAAAGCUGCACGGGUAUCAUCGUCAGGUUCAAGCAUUGCGGCUGCUAUUGUUGAAGCUGAAAAUGACCUUGAAGCACAGGAACGCGAAAACAAGGAAGAUUUGAAGACAAUGCUUAAAGAUGCACUUCGUGAGAAAUCUGAUGUUUUUAAUUCUGAAAAUCCAGAGGAGGACAAGAUAAAACUUGGAGAACCAGGAUGGAGGGAAAGGUACUAUGAAGAGAAGUUUGGAGCAAGAACACCCGGGCAGAUUGAAGAAAUACGCAGAGAUGUCGUUCUGAAAUAUACUGAAGGUUUGUGUUGGGUAAUGCACUACUAUUAUGAAGGUGUCUGCUCGUGGCAAUGGUUUUACCCUUACCAUUAUGCUCCUUUUGCUUCGGAUUUGAGUGGUCUAGGUCAACUCAAUAUAACUUUUGAACUUGGGUCACCAUUCAAACCGUUUGAUCAACUUAUGGGAGUUUUCCCAGCUGCUAGCUCCCAUGCACUCCCUGUACAGUAUCGGCAAUUGAUGACAGAUGCAAAUUCACCAAUAAUUGAUUUUUAUCCAACUGAUUUUGAAGUAGAUAUGAAUGGGAAGAGGUAUUCAUGGCAGGGGAUAGCAAAACUGCCCUUCAUUGAUGAAGCCCGGUUGCUAGCUGAAAUUAAAAAAGUUGAGCAUACUUUGACGCCUGAAGAAGCAAGGAGAAACAGUAUCAUGUUCAAUAUGCUUUUUGUGAAUGGCUCCCAUCCACUUUCGCCUUAUAUCUACUCCCUCAACAGCAAAUUUGGACACCUACCUGACAGAGAGCGAAAUGAAAUUAAAGAAAAGAUUGAUCCUUCUUCUAGUGGAGGAAUGAAUGGUUACAUCUCACUUUGUAGUGGGGAUCCGUGCCCUCCUGUCUUCAGGUCUCCUGUUGAUGGGUUGGAGGAUAUCAUGGACAAUCAAGUGAUAUGUACAAUCUACAAGCUUCCGGAUUCUCAUAAGCACAUCGCUCGUCCACCUGUUGGUGUAAUCAUACCCAAGAAGACUGUUGAAGCUACUGACCUGAAACCACCACCUGUGCUAUGGCAUGAAGACAGUGGUAGGAGGCCUCAUGAUAAUAACAACAGGAGGCCUUAUGAAAACAGCAACAGGCAAAACCCAGCUGGAGCAAUAUCUGGCCGCCAACUUGGGGAAGCUGCCCACCGACUUGUGGUGAACAGCUUGAAUGCUCGGAGUGGCGGACAAUACAAUACCCCAUCGAUGCCAUAUCAAACCAUAAUGAAUGGCAUGCCUUAUCCAAAUGGGAUUCCACCAAGGAUGGAGCAGCCUGCUCCUGGCUGGCAUGUUCCUGGUGAUCUACCAAAUGGUCAGGUACCACCAGCUUAUGCAUCAUCAUCAGGUCAUUAUCAGAACGAUAGGUCUGGGCCUUCUCAGUAUGGACGAGAUAACCAUGGAAGGUACCCAUAUGCAAGAGACAACCACCAUGAUUCAAGAGGAAGGGUUCCACCAUACCAUCAGAGCGGUGGAAACUCGUAUCAAUCACAUUCUGCUCCAUCAGCAGGUCCUGGACGGUAUGCGCAACCCCCACCAUAUGCUGGGGGGUAUGGUAGGAGCUACCAGCCUGCACCGUAUGGAGGUGGUCAGCAGUGGCAGCAGCAGCAGCAACAACCUUAUGGCUCCUAUGCUGGGUCAGGGCCUUAUGGGGGUGGGGCACCUCCUGCAAGGCCUAAUUCACGACCACAGCAGUCGCAGAACCGUUACAAUACCUUAGAUAGGAAUUCUAACAGGAGACCUCCACCAGGUCAUGGGCGACACUAAGCCCAACCUCUGUUUGUUGUACCUGUGGUUUUGUUGUUAGAAAACCUGCGUACUAAAAUAGAGAACCUCAGCCUAGUAAAACAGAGAACCUCAGCUUAGAGAUAUAUAUAGAGCAAUUUGCAUAGUCUCGUGAUCGACAAGCUGUUAUAGCAUCAAAGGUUCUAAGAGGCAUGUGUUGUACAAUAGAAUUGUCAGUUCAUCAGAUACUGGUGGCUGACUGCCGUUUUUCAUUUGUGGCACUCAUUAUUUUAGCCCCCUAAGGUUGGGAAUAUGUUUAACAAGUUUUGUAUUUUUAAGAUAAUAAUGUUCUAGGUUAAAUUUCAGUUUUGGUGGAUAUAUGUCAAAAUCUUGUAUUCUUUUCUUAUUUAUAAUGGAAUUGUGGUUUUCCCUCUAA